AUGGAGACUGAUUGGUUUACGGCUGAAUUCAUGCCGUGUCUGAUAGCUCUAGUUGGCGAUCUUGCAGCCCCAAGCGACACCUCACGCCGUCGCGAUUCUGCAAGACGCAAAUCUGAGCAUCAUUCCAGUCUACCCGGGAGCAACAUGGCCGCUGAUCAACACGCGCAGCCGCUUCCAGGCAUAGGACGUGAUACACGCCGUGCUGCCCUGGGAGGGGACACUAGCGCCGGCGAAUGA